ACAUGUGCGAUGGUUUAUAAAAAUUUUUAAAAACAUGAUGUUGUUAUGAACAUGUUUUAUGGUGUAAACGCUUGCAUCAUGCACGCAGUAUAUAUUUUCAGUUGUAAGCAAACAUCGAAGCGUAAUGGCGUCACGGAUAAACGAAGAACUGUGGAAGGACUUCUUUGAAAUUUAUCGAAGCUAUCCAGAAGUAUGGAAAGUGAAAAGCGAGAAGUACAAAAACAAAAUAAAGAAGAAUGCUGCUUAUGAAGCACUUUUAAAAAAAUAUAAGGAGAUAGAUCCAAAAGCAAAUUUGGAAAGUUUAAAAUACAAAAUAAACUCACUUCGCGGAUGUUAUCGACGUAAAUUAAAAAAAAUUAAGCGAAGUGAGAAGUCUGGAGCAGGAAUUGAUGAAAUAUAUAUACCAUCUUUGUGGUACUUUCAUGACCUAGCAUUUUUGGAAGAGCAAGAAACACAGAUGACUGGCAUGUCAUCAAUAGAAAAUGAGGAAAAUGGGGACACGACUGUGGAAGACAUUGCACCUUGCGCCAAAAAAGACAAAGGAGAAUUUGGUAAAAAAGAAAAACAACAGUUGCUUAUUAAAGCAGUCAAAGCUUUAGAAGAUUCGACGCGACGCAAUGACGAUGCAAGUACCUUCAGUUCGACUUGGGAAGUCCUCUUCAGGAAACUUGACUUUAAUCAACAAUUAUUUGCCAAUAAAACCAUUAUGGAGGUGUUGUAACAAGGAGCUUUGGGUCGGUUGAACGAAAAUUCCCAUCAGAUGUUCAACGUACCUAACACAAGAUGCUCAUCAACACCUUUUUCUUAUAGUGACAACUCGUCAACAUGUUUUGAUUCAACAACAUUGCAAAGUCGUCCGCAAUACUUAAUUUCUCCCCCGCUUCUGAGUCCAUCGCAAAUUAUAUCUACUCCUCAACCGCAAGUUCAGCACAUCAGACUUCAUAGAACAGUUCAGCCACAGCAAUAUCAAAAAAUUUCCAGCAUCAACAUACAACCACAGGAAACCAUAAAUACUCAACAAUACGGAAACAACACGGAAUAUCAGACAUUUACGGACUUGUUGAACGACUCUGACUAU